CUAAAGUAUACUUACAUAUAUUUUGUAGUAAUAUUACUUCUAAAUAAUACAUUCUAUGUGUAUUUUGCUGCAAAAUACACAGAAUAAUAUGACGUGUAUUUAGCAGUAUGUGCAUUAGGCUUUUCAUAAAUCAUUUAUGGAAAAGAAUAUUUUUGAUUUUGGAUCACUAAGAUACUAAUGUUAUUGUUACUGUUUACAUCAUGUUUACUUAGUUUUUGCUGUAUAUAUAAGUUUAUGUAAACAUAUUGUAAAAUGUGGUAUGCAGUGUUGUUGCGUUUCAUUCGAAGGCCAUUAGUUUUGGGAAUUAUUUUCGCAUCAUCACUAACAUACUGCAUUGUCAGUUUCCUUCGAGAGGGAACUAAUAAACACAUUGUGUAUCAAGAUGUGUCUUUAGAUAAGAAGCCUUUUAUCUGGAGGACACUGCAAGAACACAAUGAAACAUCAGAUUGGGAAUGUAGAAAUUCUGUUCAAGGAAAAUCCCUAAUUGUUGAUGAUAGAGGUUAUGUGUGUCAAAGGACUGAUAUAGCUAAGAAUGGCUGCUGUGUCAUAGAUGCUGAACAAACUAGUAGAUACAGCUGUAAGACUUGCAAUAAUGAACAUUGUUGUAUUACUUUUGAAUAUUGUGUCUCAUGCUGCCUUGACCCAAAUAAGAGAAAUAUGCUGCAACUGGUCCUGUCAAAGCUGACAGCACAAGAUCAUGUUUUAGUUCACUCUCUCACCGAUGACUAUGAGCUGUGUUUAACUAAGUGUCGGACAAGUUCAGACAGUGUUCUGCAUGAGAACUCAUACAGAGAUCCAGGUCAUAAACACUGUUUUAGUGAUCCAUUGGAUAAAGUGCCAACGUGACAGUGAUAUGGCCUAGUGUUGACUUUUAUUUAGUGUUUCUGGACCAAGUGAUGAAGGAAGCAAAUGCCUUAUGAGAGAUAAAAAAUAAUUUAUAAGUUGUUGUUAGGUGGUUAUCUAUAUUUGUUGAUAUAUUGAAUAUUUGCCUUUGUAUUAACAAAAAUUAGAAUUACUAAUGAAUUAUAUUUAUCUACAUGUUUCAAGGCUAAAUAUUAUUUUUAUAUUAUUUGGUAAACUGGAUGUGAAAUAUUCCAAAGAAAGAUUAAUAAAAUAAUGAAGUUUAUAAAUAAAUUAUUUGAAUUGUU